CUGCCUCCCGCAGGUCUCCCCGCAGCGUUAAACCUCGGCGACGCAUCGCCGAGCCGAGCUAGGACCCCCUGAAAUUUGCCAUAUUUACAGUCAGGAACCCACGAUCUGUAAAGAAAAGUCAACUUUGCAUCCACCCCCUUCGCCGGAGAUGGCGUCGGAGCUAACGUACCGCGGCGGGGCAGCCACGGGCUCCGCCUCCGACGGCGGGGAGUACUCUCCCAAGCCCUCCAAGCCGCUCUCCUGGCUCACCCGCGCCGCCCGCUACGCCACCGCCGAGCACCGGCCCCUCUUCGCCCUCGUCGGCAUGCUCUUCGCCGCCGCCCUCUUCACCUUCUCCUCGUCUUCCUCCUCGGCGGGAUACACCUCCCCCUCCGGCCCCGCCGCCGUCUCCUUCAAGCAUCUCGCCAACAUCGCGCACCCGUCGCUGCACGAGUCCGUCGGCGGCAAGAUGCCCCUGGGGCUGCGCCGGCGCGGGCUACGGGUCCUCGUGACUGGCGGCGCCGGGUUCGUGGGGAGCCACCUGGUGGAUCGGCUCAUGGAGCGCGGCGACAGCGUGAUCGUGGUGGACAAUUUCUUCACGGGGCGCAAGGGGAACGUCGCGCACCACCUCGGGAACCCCAGGUUCGAGGUCAUCCGGCACGAUGUCGUCGAGCCCAUACUGCUCGAGGUCGACCAGAUCUACCACCUCGCUUGCCCUGCCAGCCCCGUGCACUACAAGUACAACCCAAUCAAGACAAUCAAGACCAAUGUGGUCGGGACACUGAACAUGCUUGGAUUGGCAAAGAGGAUUGGUGCAAGGUUUCUCCUCACCAGCACAAGUGAAGUCUAUGGUGAUCCCCUCCAGCACCCUCAGGUGGAGACUUACUGGGGCAAUGUCAAUCCCAUUGGUGUCAGGAGUUGCUAUGAUGAGGGUAAACGCACAGCUGAAACACUGACCAUGGAUUACCACCGUGGUGCCAACCUUGAGGUCAGGAUUGCUCGAAUUUUUAACACGUAUGGUCCUCGCAUGUGCAUUGAUGAUGGCCGUGUUGUCAGUAACUUUGUUGCUCAGGCACUGAGGAAGGAGCCUUUGACUGUCUACGGUGAUGGCAAGCAGACUAGGAGCUUUCAAUACGUCUCUGAUCUGGUGGAAGGGUUGAUGAAACUGAUGGAAGGGGAGCACAUAGGACCAUUCAACCUGGGUAACCCUGGUGAGUUCACCAUGCUGGAGCUGGCUAAGGUGGUACAGGACACCAUUGACUCGAGUGCAAGCAUUGAGUACCGGCCAAAUACCGCUGAUGAUCCACAUAAGCGCAAGCCAGACAUUACCCGCGCAAAAGAACUCCUGGGUUGGGAGCCCAAGGUCCCUCUACAUGAGGGGCUUCCCCUCAUGGUCACCGACUUCCGCAAACGUAUCUUUGGGGAUCAAGAGGAGUCGACUACCACAGCUGGUGGCAUGUCUUAACUUGAACCUGGCACAAAUUAUAGGGAACUUGUAUAAUUAAUUGUGUACAAGAGGGUAGAACUGAUUACAGGAUUUGAAGAAUUUUGGUGGUAACACGAGGUCAUGGCUGCAUACAUAUAUAGUUCUUUGGGCAAUAUGGAAAUGAUAAUAAGAAUGUCCUUGCGCUGCUUAACGUUGUAAGCUGUUUCUUCAUUUCCCUGGCCUCGUUUUCUGAGUCAUUCAAGUUGUAUCAUCACAAUGUCAACAGAUAACUAAUGUGGGUUGGAAAUUCGAUAUUCAGAUCAUAGUGGUAUGAGCUUUUGUUUCAACAUGAGCACUCCACUUGUAUAGCUGUAUAUCCAUGAAACAUAUAUAUUUGCUUUAAAACUGCAAUGGAACUAGAGAUUUAUUUA